CCAAAGGCUCAAAAGGAGAUGACAAUUUAAAACAACCUUUGACAUUUAAGUUAAACAUGUUUAUAUAGGUCAUUUUUUUCUCUUUGGUCAAGUUUUGUGACAGUAAUAGUAACAACACCAGCAACAGCAACACCAACAACAACACCAACAACAACACCAAUAAUACCAAUAGUAACAGUAUCAACAGUAAUAGUAAUAGCAAUAGUAACUCAAGUAACAGCAACAACAAUUCCUCAUCAGAUUCAGCUAAUUCUCACCAUUCACCUUCAUCGUUAUCUUCUUCUUAUUUUUCUUCGCUAGUUCCAUCGCCACAACUUCAUCACAAUCCACAUCAUAAUUCUCAUCAUCAACACCAUUCACACCAACAACAACAUCAACAACCGCCACAUCCUCAUCAUUUAACAAAUCAUCAUCAUUUACAUCACACCCAUCAUCCUCAUCAUCACCACCAUCAUCACCAUCCUCAUCAUCCAACCUCACCACCAAUACCAACAACACUUGGCUCAGGCUAUCAUCAACGUUCCUCUUCAGUUUCCUCAUCACCUUGUAACUCACUUGGUGUAGCCUCACCGUCACUCAACUCGGUUAACAAUAAUACAAAUAAUUUAACUAACGGUUCGUCUUCGGCCUCAUCAAACUCAUCCUCUUCUACACCAGGUGUUGGAUCAAAUUCAAUUGGAAACGGACUUAUUAGUGGAUCAGUUAGUUCACCUUAUGCAGUUAGUGAUUCACUUUUUUACCCCGGUUCACCGGUUGUUACUUCAGUAGCUUCCGCAAGUGUCGAAACUCCAGGAUCAACGGGAAGUUUCUUAUCAGCCAAUAUGCACGGAGCAGCGGAAGCCUCUUCAGCUCACCUUGGGUCAAUGUAUUCUCGCGUAGGUGUUUCAAGUCAUGCUUAUGAAUGGACUUUCAAUAUGAAUCAUUCUCCACAUGUACCAAUUAAAACCGAAGUAACCUCGGGAGUAAACCAUCUUUCUUAUCCUACAUCUUGUUGGGAUGUUCAUCCAGCAGCAUCGGCAGCGUCAGGUUCGUGGCUACAUGACAUGUCGGGAGCAUCCAGUCUUCACUCAGCAGCUGCAUCUUUAGGAUCAACCAAUUACGGAAGUUCAGCUGAUUACGGUCUCGGGUCAACCCUAGCAUUAGCUUCAGCCUCAGCAGCCAAUGCUGCAGCCGCUGCGAAUAGUUCAUCAGCAGCAGCUCAUCUGCUUCAAGGGCAACAUUUACUCCAAGAUUCUUAUAAAACUAUGUUACCACCUUCAGCUUCUUCAGCAGUGGUGGCUGCCUCAGCAGUCUCACCUUUUACUCUUACUUCACCCACCUUAACUCAAGUGCCAUCACCUCGAUCAACACGUCGUUAUUCCGGACGGGCAACCUGUGAUUGUCCCAACUGUCAGGAUGCAGAGAAACUUGGUCCUGCCGGGAUUCAUGCAAAGAAAAAGCAAACUCACAAUUGUCAUAUUCCCGGAUGUGGUAAAGUUUACGGAAAAACUUCUCACCUUAAGGCUCACCUUCGCUGGCACACAGGUGAACGUCCAUUUGUGUGUAACUGGCUUUUCUGUGGUAAAAGGUUUACUCGUUCUGAUGAGCUUCAACGUCAUUUACGGACUCAUACAGGAGAAAAACGUUUCCAAUGUAAUGUUUGUCAGAAACGUUUCAUGCGAUCAGACCAUUUAUCCAAGCAUCAGAAAACUCAUAAUGACGGGAAAAAAGGUUCAGCCAGUGAUUCAGAAAACAGUCAAUCAGAUGCAGCUUUGGCUAAUCAACAAGCAGCAACCGGACAACCAAAUUAUUAAUCAUUAAUUAAUUAAUUAACAUCAACUUUAGUUCUGUAUUUUAUCGAAUCUCUUUUUUUCUUCAUCAUCUACUUUUUCAAUUUCUUUUCGUCAUCCUUUUUUUGUCUCCCUUCUUCUCUCAUUUCCUAAUUCCCUUCUCAUCAAUAAAUUGUUCAUUUAAUUCAAGUAAAUUUAAAAAAUGAUUAACACAA